CAAGUAGAAAGGCGAGGGGUCCGGACUCGGGCUCACUGCUCGGCAAAUCUGAUUCCGGAAUACCGACUGGGAUGCCUUCAAACUGGGAGCCUUGAGUUUUCUACGCAGUGGAAGUAGAUAUUUAAACACAAUUUGUAAAGAAAGCAUCUUCUCAAUGCCAGAGGCUGCAGUAGGGCUCGGAAGGAUGGGAACCAGGGCGAAGCAGAGGAGCAGGACCCCGCGGCGGUGGCAAGUACUCUUUCUCUUCCUGCUGCCUUUGUUCUGCGGGGCGCUCUCCGAGCAGAUCCGCUACUCUAUUCCGGAAGAAAUGGCCAGGGGCUCUGUAGUGGGGAAUCUCGCUAAGGACCUGGGGCUGCGGGUACGGGAUUUAUUGACCCGCAACCUCAGAGUUAGUGCAGAGAAACAAUACUUUGCCAUAAACACGGAGAAUGGGAACUUACUUGCGAGUGACAGAAUAGAUCGGGAAUCGCUCUGCGCUCAAAACCCUGUGUGUGUCGUGCCCUUAGAGAUUGUAGCAGAGAACCCUCUAAAUGUUUUUCACGUAAACGUGAUGAUAGAAGAUAUAAAUGACAAUCCACCUCAUUUCCCCCAAAAUAGCACUGUUUUACAAAUCAAUGAAUUUGCAACUCCACGAGCUCGGUUUGAAUUGGAAUCUGCUAUAGACGCAGAUGUAGGGCCUCACUCUCUCCAGAGUUACCAACUCAGCUAUAAUGAGCACUUUUCUCUAAUGGUAAAGGAUAAAGCUGAAGGCAAGAAUGCCCCGGAAUUGGUGUUAGAAAGGCCCCUGGACCGGGAACAACAGAGCUCCCAUCUCCUGGUCCUGACAGCGGUGGAUGGAGGUGACCCGGUCAGAACCGGCACCACUCAAAUUAGGAUUGAGGUUACUGACGCCAACGAUAACGCCCCGGUGUUCAGUCAGGAUGUGUACAGAGUUAGCCUUCCAGAGAACUUGCCCCCAGGCACCUCUGUGCUAAAGGUGACAGCCACCGACCAGGAUGAGGGCAUCAAUGCGGAGAUCAGGUACUCCUUCAAAACACCAGGAGAUGUUGGAAGUAUGUUUACGCUAGACCAUCAAAGUGGAGAAAUUAAAUCCAAAAACCCUAUAGACUUCGAAAUCAGUAGCAGUUAUACCAUAAUCAUGGAAGCCAAGGACGGCGGAGGCAUGGCCACCAAAUGUAAAAUUAUACUCGAAAUUCUAGAUGAGAAUGACAACGCCCCAGAGGUGGUGUUCACUUCGGUGUCUAGUUCCAUAACCGAGGAUGCAGAGCCCGGGACGGUGAUUGCUUUGUUCAAAACACACGAUAAAGAUUCCGGAGAAAACGGGGAGAUCAUAUGCCUCAUAAAAGAGGACGUUCCUUUUAGAAUUCAAUCUUCCGCCAAUAACUACUACAAGCUGGUGACAGAUGGGGCCCUGGACCGAGAACUGACCCCGGAGUACAAUGUUACCAUCACAGCCAUCGACAGAGGCAAGCCACCCCUCUCCUCCAGCAGAAGCGUCACACUAUACAUCAGGGACGUCAACGACAACGCCCCGGUUUUCCAGCAGUCAGCCUACCUGGUCCACGUGCCAGAAAACAACCCGCCCGGGGCCUCCAUCGCGCAGGUCAGCGCCUCCGACCCCGACCUGGGACCCAACGGCCAGGUGUCCUACUCCAUCGUGGCCAGCGACCUGGAGCCACGGGCGCUGUCGUCCUACGUGUCCGUGAGCGCGCACAGCGGGGUGGUGUUCGCGCAGCGCGCCUUCGACCACGAGCAGCUGCGCGCCUUUGAGCUGACGCUGCAGCCGGGCUACCUGGUCACCAAGGUGGUGGCGGUGGACGCGGACUCGGGACACAAUGCCUGGCUGUCCUACCACGUGCUGCAGGCCAGCGAGCCCGGACUCUUCAGCCUGGGGCUGCGCACGGGUGAGGUGCGUACAGCGAGAGCUUUGGGCGACAGGGACUCGGCCCGCCAGCGGCUGCUGGUCGCUGUGCGCGAUGGGGGACAGCCACCUCUCUCUGCCACCGCCACGCUUCACCUGAUCUUUGCGGAUAGUGUUCAAGAGGUACUACCAGACCUCAAUGACCAUCACACACCUUCUGACCCCCAGGCUGAGCUGCAAUUUUACCUGGUGGUGGCCUUGGCCUUGAUCUCCGUGCUCUUCCUCUUGGCGCCUGGCUACCUGGCGCUGCUUUCAGCAUAG